GGGAGGCGGCGCGGAAAGCGGCGAGCGGGGAGAGGGGAGGGGGGGGGAGGCUCCAUCCAGCCCCGUCCCCCGCGCCCCGAGGAUGGCAGCGCUGCCCGCAGGAGCGGCUGGCGGCGGUGUCCCUCCUCUUUUUUUUUCCGGCGGCGGCGGAUCGUUGUUGUUGUGUGGGAGGAGGGCGGCGGGGAUGGACUUGAUCUCCUGCUAAGGCGGCGGCACAGCCUGCAGCCGCGCCGGGCGAGGCAGGAGCGCUCCCCGCCGGGCUUUAUCCUUCGGGGGGCUCCGCCGCCUCUGCUCCUUCGCCCUUCUCCCCCGCCGCCCCCCUCCGCUCGCUCACACGCACAGGGACACGCACGCACCCUCCUCCUUUGCCCUUUCAUCCUUCCCUUUCCCGUCCUCCCGCGGCGGCAGAUGCGCCGGGGGGUCACCGCGCAGCUGGGACUAUGGUGAAAUUUCCAGCGCUCACAAACUACUGGCCCCUCAUCCGCUUCCUCGUCCCCCUCGGCAUCACCAACAUCGCCAUCGACUUCGGGGAGCAGGCUUUGAAUAGGGGAAUUGCUGCUGUCAAGGAAGAUGCUGUGGAAAUGCUGGCCAGCUAUGGGCUGGCAUACUCCCUGAUGAAGUUCUUCACAGGUCCAAUGAGUGACUUCAAAAAUGUGGGUCUGGUGUUUGUGAACAGUAAAAGAGACAGGACCAAAGCAGUUUUGUGCAUGGUUGUGGCUGGCGCUGUAGCUGCUGUAUUUCAUACCUUAAUAGCAUAUAGUGAUUUGGGGUAUUACAUUAUUAAUAAGCUGCACCAUGUGGAUGAAUCAGUGGGAAGUAAAACUCGGAGGGCCUUCCUUUAUCUUGCUGCCUUCCCUUUUAUGGAUGCCAUGGCAUGGACCCAUGCUGGGAUUUUACUGAAACACAAGUACAGUUUCCUAGUGGGAUGUGCCUCCAUCUCAGAUGUCAUAGCUCAGGUUGUUUUUGUAGCCAUUUUGCUUCACAGUCACUUGGAGUGCAGGGAGCCUCUCUUGAUCCCAAUCUUGUCCUUAUACAUGGGAGCACUUGUCCGAUGUACCACGUUAUGCCUCGGAUACUACAGGAACAUACAUGAUGUCAUUCCAGACAGAAGUGGGCCGGAAAUGGGCGGAGAGGCUACAAUAAGGAAGAUGCUGAGUUUCUGGUGGCCUUUGGCAUUAAUUUUGGCAACUCAGCGAAUAAGUAGGCCCAUUGUCAACCUUUUUGUCUCCCGGGACCUAGGUGGCAGUUCUGCAGCCACAGAGGCAGUGGCAAUUCUGACAGCUACUUAUCCUGUGGGACACAUGCCGUAUGGCUGGCUGACAGAGAUCAGAGCAGUUUACCCUGCUUUUGACAAGAAUAACCCCAGCAAUAAAUUGGUGAACACCAACAGCACCGUCACAGCAACACAUAUCAAGAAGUUCACAUUUGUUUGCAUGGCAUUGUCCUUAACGCUCUGUUUUGUGAUGUUUUGGACACCAAACGUGUCAGAGAAGAUAUUAGUUGACAUAAUUGGAGUAGACUUCGCUUUUGCAGAGCUGUGUGUUGUUCCUUUGCGCAUCUUCUCCUUCUUUCCAAUUCCAGUGACUGUCAGAGCUCACUUGACUGGUUGGCUGAUGACUCUAAAGAAGACAUUUGUGUUGGCACCCAGCUCAGUGCUGCGGAUUAUCGUCCUCAUCGCUAGUCUCAUUGUGCUGCCUUACUUGGGAGUUCAUGGAGCCACUCUUGGAGUAGGCUCCCUUCUAGCUGGCUUUUUAGGAGAAUCCACCAUGGUUGCAAUAGCAGCCUGUUACGUCUAUAGGAAACAGAAAAAGAAGCGGAAUGAGAAUGAAACAGCUGCAGAAGGUGAAGACUCUGCAAUGACCGACAUGCCUCACACAGAGGAAAUGACAGACAUCGUAGAAAUGAGAGAAGAGAAUGAAUAAUGAAGGGGAUGCAAUUGUUCUCUGCAGGGACGAUUGGAGUGACACUUCAGCAUCUUGUCGUCUCUCAUACUUUUUUGUUUUGUUUGUUUUUAUUUUUGUAAUAAAGAGGCCUUGAUUAAAAGGUUUCAGAUAAAUUCUCUAGCAUACUGAGUAUGCUCUCACUGAUGAGGGACCUAAAAAAAGGUCUUUGCUUUUUUUAUUUUUUUUUCCAAUUGAAUUUGUUUCUCACUCCAUGCAAACACAAAAGAUACAAUUGCAUCACUGUAGAGUCUUCCUUACUCAUGUAUCCACCUUCUCUGGACAAUCUGCAUUUGUCAACCAAAGCGCUGCUCUCUGUGCGCGCGUGUGUGUGAGCAUGCGCUUGCAUGCUUACACAUGCACACGCACGUGUGCUACUGGUUCGAUGCUACUGCCAUAAUCCUACUCCCUCCCUUCUUUGCUUUUGCUUCCUUUUCUUUAUGAGAAGUAUAAAGGAAAAGAAGUUUGGAAUACAGAGCUUUAUUUUACUUGCUUGAAAAUGACUUUGGUACAUAAACUAAUAUACUACGGUGAACUAUGUUUUUUCAUUUGGCCUCAUCACUAGAGCUUUUACUGCACAGGGUACAAGAUAGGGAGGAGUGUGUAAGUCUCCACAUGCAUUGUGGAGAAAAACAGGUUCCUCUCUCAUGUUAAAAGUGUGUGGAUGUGUAUCUACACACACAGGUACAUAAACAGAGACAUACAUAUAUAUAUUUAUAUAUCCACAGAAUAAAUAAAGUACACAUGGGACAAGAACUCUAUCUAGCUUUCAUUCCAUGGGAAAGAUAGUAAUCUUUGGAAAAUAUAAACACUUAGUUCAGAAUUUUCUUGAAUCAUUAAGCCCCAGCUUACUUAUACUUUUCUUUAGAAAAAAAACAUGCACUUUCCUCUUGUGAAGAGGGUGAUGGCAUCUGGUAGACUUUGACUGUAUUUGAAUAAAAAAAAUAAAUAUUGACAAGCUUUACCAAAGUUCUUGUCCACUGAUUUAACUUUCAUUUUUUAAGGGUGAUUUGUUCAAUAUACUUAUUUCUGGUGCCUAUAUAUUUUCUAAAAAAAUCAGAUAACAUAUGCACGAUACCAUGGUAUAUCACAUUACUACACAUAGAUCCAUGAAAUUUUUUAUAUAGAGUUGUACACGUACUUACACGUGCAUGUGUGUGUAUAUAUAAAAUACAUAUAUAUAUAUAUACACACACAUACACACAUAUAUGUAUGUUUUGCUAUAAUGUAUUUACCUAUGCAGUAGAUCUAAGUCCGUAUGGUGAAGCUCAAAUCCUGAUGGUCCUCCAAGUCAUUAGUUAGGGACCUUGAUCACGUGUUAUCUCUCAAGGCAAAGGAUGUGUGGAAGUGGGGAGCUUCUUGCAUCAGUCAGCAAGUGGUGUGCUUGGAGAAAGCAGCAGGCGUUUUGUCGUUGUGGUUGAAGUGAGCUUUAAAUGCCAGAGCGUGAGGUCAAGGGGGCAACUUAUAUCGAGUGGAAAUUAAGCCUAUGUAAGAGAUGACCAAACCAGAAAGGGUUUGGGUCCACUAAUGAUGGCUGCAGCAGCAGCUUGUGUUUCUGUGCUCUUCCGUGUUUGGCUGCGGGGCAGCGUUUGUUACCGGUUUAUAGUAGCUUGGGUUCUUUCAGAUAUAAUCAUACCAGAGUCUGGAAACUGUUAUCCUCCGUGCUUUAUCCAUAAACCAAUUAAUUUAAAUCUUAUUUAGUAAAAGUAUAUUUUUCUAAGUUGUGGAAAUGGUUAUUUAAUUGUGGACAAAUUCAAAUUCUGGAUUUAUUUGCCAGGUAGUCCCAGCACUCAGAGAACUGAUGAAAAUUAAACAUUACUUUAAAUGUUAUAUCAAUAUCUGUGUAUGUAGACAUACACACAUGUAUAAAUAUAUAUAUUGUAUAUUAUGUACAUUUAUUUUAAGCUACAAUACAUUUCCUAUUUUUCCAAGUUCAGCUAAAAAUAUCUCUAAAAAACUACAGAGUUGGCUAGUAACCGCUUAUGGCCAUCAGGAAAGGCAUUGUAUCAAUGAACUUUACGUUGUAUUGUGAACGUUUGUACCAAGUUGUUACAUGUACAAAUGCAAUAAGAAAAAAAUGUAGACAUUAUUGUGUUGAAUGGCAGAUUUGCAAAAUCAGUUCGUGAUCAUUGAGCAGUGACUGGGGAGGGCAAGACUAAAUCCAGUAACUGCACAUUUUCUGUGCCACCACAAGGUUGUUCUCCUCAUUUCUGACAGUAGUUUAAAAGAAAAAAAAAGUUCAAUAAAAACCCUCAGACAAAUGAAAUUUGUGCAGUAUGUAGACAGUGCACAUUCAUGAAUACAGACUUUCAAACAGUCACAUGUGUAUAACGUGUAUAUACACUGUUACAGCUCACAGUGGCCAUUUGAAGUCUUCUCUGUUCAUGUAGUUUUGGUUUCUCCAAUAUCCAAGUCCACAAGAUGCAGUUUAUCAGGAACUGUAGAGAUAAAGCAAGAAAAUAUUUUUGUGUAAUAUUUUUUUUUUGGUAUAUGGCUAAAAUUCAAGUGGCAGUAUUUCUGAAGAAUUUUGAACAUUACUAAUGUAGGUUUCAAGGUAAUAAUGGCACCAAAAACUAAAACAUUGAAAACAAAUUAAAUGAAGCACUGAAGCUUAUGUUUUACAUAGAAGAUGAACAAACAUAAAAAAAAUGAAUUAUUGGUCAUACAGACCUAAAUAAUGGUAUUGUAAAGACAAAUUUUCAGAUGCAAGGGUAAUACUUAAUAGUCCUUUACUUUGCAAGAUACUGAACGAGUGCUGGAGUGGUGAGAUUUGGGGAAGAACUCAAGCAGUGACGUAAGGACACAUGCAUCACAUAUUUUUCUGCUUCCUGAGGGUCAUGCAUCUCCUUACUUUGCUCUGUUGAAUUAACAAAAUGGGCUGACAUUUCUGCCAUGUCCUAACCAGCCCAUCCCACCAGCCUGGGUCUUCGCUGAGUAGCAGGCAGGGUGCUCAGCCCAAGGACCACCUUGGCUCUGCAGCCUCUGGAUCUGCUUCCAGGCACUGUUGUUCGGAGCUUCAGUGACCACCUAUAGCCUCAUUGCUCUGGCUCCCAGUCACUGGCAAAUCGAGCUGGGCUGGUGAAGCAGCCAGUCUGAUGGGAUACAGGCUGGGAGAGGGCAGGCAUCCUCCUCAGCUGAAGCCCCAGUCAGAGCAUUACUGGUUCCAUCAUCUCUGUCAAGCACAUGCUGGUGCAUGUCCUGUCCUGCACUUCUUCCUUCCCAAAAGGACUUCCCUGAGUUAUAGUAAAACAGCUUAGCUGUCUCUCUUGUGUCAUUGCUUUUGAAACGGCUGUCUAUCUCCAUGAUAAAUGUUUUACAAUAGGAACCCGUUAAGUUUCUGUAUCAGAGCGCCAGAGUGCAGUCAUCUCAAUGAAUUCCUAUGGAGACUUCGCCUUUCCAGACUUUUUUGAGAAUUACUGAAUUCUUCAAUCAAAAUUGCAAUUGAAAUAGGAACAAAGUUGACCUGCAUCCUACUUAUUAAAUUUCAGAACACGCAGCAGGAAAUAAGAGCAGAGCACUGAUAAGUUGUGGAUUAAUGUUCCUUGGCUUUCAAUAUGUACAUAGAAUUGCAUUAAUGUGUAUUGAGUUUUCCUUUUGCAGACUUAAAAGGAGACAUUGGCAUUUUCUUCCCCCUCACUGCCCUAAGCAGGCCUCUCACCCAUACCAAACAGUGGACUUGAUGGUGAAAGCUCUGCAUUUCCCAGUCAGUUUGAGGCCAUUUAGGCACAGCAGCAGGUUCCCAGGCACAGGACAGCCCCACUCUGUGUCCCCCUGGCACAGCCAUUCCGGGCAGGAGCGCUCAGUUGCCUGCUUGUUAGAUAGAGCCACCCUGAGUGAGAGGAUUUGGUAAGUAACAGAGAAGUCUUUUGUAUUCUACUCAUUUUGCUGCUAAAUAUUUCUUUUGAGUGGGGAGAGAUUUAUAUCUGGCUCUUGCUCACUGUUUUGCCAAAUCUGCAGCCAGAGAGGGAGCAGCUCCAGAUGGAGGGCAAGCUGAUGAAUGCAGCUGAUUCAGAGCAGGCCAAGGCGCAUGAACAGAAACCUUUUGAAGGCGGGAGCGCCUUCUUUUGUGGGAUGGCGCCUCAUGCUUAAAAAGAAGGGAGAAAGGAUGCUUUCAGCCCCAGGCACCCAGAGUUGCCAAGCAUAGUUUUGCGUUGGGCUGCAAGGUGGCAACAGGAAUGGAGUGUCCUGCAGCUCCAGCAUCCUGGCCUUGACCGAGGCAUCCUUGACGAAACGCAGAACAGUGCAGGGAAUAGUGAGGCGGCAGUGUCGGCUCUGUCUCUCACUGAGAUUUUGUGUUUGUGGCAUGUUCAGCAUAGAUUUGAGUGCAGCUGGGUGUUACCUGAGCAUAGUUGCAGUAGUGAUUUGUGUAUUGGAAAGCCAUGCAUAUGUAUAUGGAUGUGUAUAUGAGAAUAUUGUGAGGCAUUUUUAUUACUGCCUUUAUAUAGUUCAUUGGAACAAGGAUUCAAGUCUAAAAAUAAUUUAUUGUCUGAAUAUUACUAAGGCAUUUUUAAAAAAUUGCAAUUUGAAGCUACAUGAGAGAGUAAAUAGAACACCCUUUCAGCAGACUUUAUACCAGUGAGCUAAAGCAUGGUUUAGAUCAGUAAGUUAGAAUGGAGGAGAAAGAGGACAUGAUGAGAAGUGUGUGGGUAUUGUAUGUUCAUCCUAGAGACAAUAACCUGGUGCGGAGAUAGAACUCAGAGGGUAAAAUGAGUGGCUGCUGCCAUUUCCCUUUCAGCUGCACUGGAGAGGGACUGAAGGGUGAGGAGCAAUGCAACCACAAGACAUCACUUUUGAGUAUUUUGGUUUCUGAGUUGAGGAGCCAUCAGAGAGAGGAGCAUGAAACAUCUUAGAAGAUUAUUCAAGCAGAAACAAACCCACAUGGAGGCUUUAUGACAUGCAAAGAGGCGGCAUUACAUAGCUCGCUGUUUCUGAGUAACUGGCUGGACUGGAUUGAGUAGAUGUCAUGUAAAUGUUACUUAACAAAAGAUGAAAUUACCAAAAUUUGGUAUCAAAUUAGCAUUUGCCAAAUACCAGCUUAACCAUAAAAUGUUCGUGUUUACUUUUGUACUAGAAUUCAAGUACAGAAUAAUGUAUUUUAUGAAGGGAGCAAGCUCCCUCAGAGCGGUGGUGCAGUGCAGAGCAGGUUGUCGGGGCUCACAACAGAGCCCUACCGGGAAAAGGAGCUCCAAAUUUAUUCUCACCCUAUAACACACUAUAUUCCGUUGCAGUCUGACAGUGUCAUUAAAUGAGGCAGAAUUGUGAGCUUAGUAGCAAACUCAGUACAAACAUGGUCCUGACCUGCAAAGCUGUGAAAGGGCGUAGGGUGGAGGGGUAGCCCUGGUUCUCUGCCCAGUGGGGUCUAGACAGCUUGGGUAGAUUUGCUUUGGAGAGCCAAGUUCAGCAGUCGGUGUGUAGAUGUACUCCUCAGCAAAAAUGUUGCCAGACUUCUCAGCAACUGACACCUUCUGAACAAAAAGGCCAAAGACAAAACAUGGGGGCAGAGAGACUGAGAUUUAAGCUCAGCUUGAAGCACAUACUCACACAGAAGGGUUUUUUGGCUGCUGCUUGUGCAAGUUAAUGGUAUAGUUAAAGAGCAAGCUUCGGUCUCAGUAUUUCAUAAUCAAGAUAUCCACUCAAUCUCAGUAAAACAGAAGAACUGUGGUAUCUUUUCAGGAGCUCCUUUGUCUUUGUAACCCUGAAAGUUUUCAUUAGUAUUACCAAGCCUUGUCACUGCUCAAAUCAGUUUAUUAGUUUUACCACAUCAUUCUUUUCUGUCAUUCUUAGUUCAGCAUCUUCAGGCGUCUCCUUAUUUUAUUCUGAAGGCUUCUGCUAGGCUUAUUUUGCCUGUUGACAUUUUGAGAAGGAAAAUGUAAUUGUCAUGCUGACUGAAUGUCAAGUAGUGCUGUGAUUAAAAAGUAGCUUACAACAAAAUUCUUCUUUGAUGGACUGUUUUUUACUUUUCGUUUGUUAAGCUGAAAAGGAGACUCAAAAAGUAGAAGGAAUCGGGGUGUCUUUAUUUAAAAUCGAGAGUUAAAAGAGUGAAUUCAAGUUCAUUAUUUAACUCUAGCUACUUAGUGACUUUUUAGUGAUCCAUAAGACCAUGACCCAAACUUUUCUAGCAAAGUUAGCACUGCAUCACCAGAGCAGCGCAGAAUAGUUUGAAGCACUGGUAAACACAAGACUUCAUAUAUUUCACAACUAAAUAUGUUACUUAAUGAGUCAGAGAGCUUGAUUAAUAGGGACAGUCCAUGUCAGCUGGACAUGAGCAUCCUGAUCUAGUGUCUAAGGUGGCCUUGCAUGGGCAGCAGCAGGGACGAGGUAAGUUGACUGUCCGCAGUCCCCUUUUGACCUAAAUUAUUCUCUGAUUCCAUAAGGAACCUAAAGAGGUCCCUUCGUCUUAAGGGACUUGAGCCUGCUUGCCUUUUUUUGGGCUUCCAGUUCAGGGUUGAGAGGCAGUACAUGUUGGAGUUCUUCAGUAUAACCAUCUAAGCAAAACUCAGAGCUGUGCAGAUUCUUUUGCUGAUGGCAAAAUUUUCAUAUUGCAGAGCGAGCUGUAAAGUAGCCUCCUACCCUCUGGGAGCCCACAGGAGGGCAAAGCAAAAAUAAGCUAUUGUAUCUGCAGAUAAAAUAUUUGAGUACUGUACUGCACUUUUUCAAUUAACUUUCUAAGCAACACCGCCUAAAACCAGCAAGAAAUUGCAUCUAUUACCUGCUUCCUCCCAUCUCUCUCCAUGUAUAUCAUUCAGCAUUUAAAAAGAAGGUACCUUUUCUGAUAACUCCCCCUUGUAAUCAAGUAAUGCAAAGCAAACACUUACAUUUAGGUAAUGAAACAGCUUGGCCUCUUUAGAAGUGAGAGCAUAUAAAUCCACUCUUGGGAAAGGGUAUGUUUUAAAUUUUGAACAAUAUCUUAAUCCAUAAUUCAGCAAAAACACAACAGAAAAGCAACCAAAAAAUGGCAGAACUGAAUAAAGUAAUUUUAAUUGCACUAUCUUUUAAUGAGAAUUCUGGGUGGAAAGCUAAAGAGUAUGUACACUUGCAGAAAACAGCAGAGCCUGGAACUAGCAUGCAUUGCUCAACUUUGUAGUUUGCUCUCCAAAGCAGCACUAAUGUAGCUCUGCUUUAUGUCUUAUUAUGAUAAACAAACACACAAACAAAAUUCCUUCCAAAACUAUAAUGAAACAAUUGCAACAUUACAAGCAAUAAGUUUACUGGUUACUUAGAUCAACUGAUUUUAUCCACAGAGUUUACAAGCAGCACAAAAUUACAAAAGCAAAACUUCCGAAAAAUGUUGAAGGCACAUAUGCAUUUUUUGUAGAUGACAUACCGUUACUUAUUACCAUCCACAAGCUUUUUAAAAUAAAUCUGAUCACUCUUUAAAUAUCAUAGUUCAAAGUGUACUUCACUUACUUUCAGUUUAAUAAAAACCUGCAAUAUCUUAUGUGGUUUUCAAAUGCACAAAAUGAGAAAUAUAACCUUUGUUUAUAAAAUGGAUGGAACCUCUCACCACCAUCGUAAAGAUAAUCAAGCUUAGAUCAUGUCAGUUUUUCAUUUUUAAGAACAUAGCUGUCACUGCUCCUUUAUUUUAGAUCAGCUUUUGGUGUUACUGCCUCUGCCUUUGUUUCUUGAAGCCAGGAGCCUAUGGAGGGCUUGGGGCAAGAGAUAUGAGUGUGGCUGGAGGACCACAGAGCUCAUCUGCUGAAAGGGAUGGAAGCACAGAGUUGCUUUAGAAAGAUAUGGUUUGAUGGUUUGUUGUUCCACUGCUAGGAAUGAGGUGGCAGCAGCGAUCUUCCCCAAAAUGAACCUAUUGGAGAAGAAAAAAAUAGGUAUUGCCUGUUGUUGGUGAACUUGGGGUUAGGAGUGUUAGAGCCCCCUGUGCUGCUUGUGUUAUUUGGUCUGUGACACUGGUGGACCACGUUACUGCCACAGGCUACAUAAAUUCAGAGACCAAGAACUCAACUCUGCAUGGUGAAAUGAUUGAAAUUAGUUUUACAGUGCUUGGGCAGCACAGCCUACCAGCGUUCCCAAGCUUUGAGAAAGCCUUGCUUCCUCUGUAUCAGAUGUUUCAGUUUCUGGGCAUGCCUGAAGAGUAGCACACAUGAGCAAGUGCAUGUGGAGGAGUGAGUGUGUGUGUAUGGAGAGAGAAAGGGAUAUGGCCACGAAUGAGUGAGUUGGAAGUGUCUAUUGCAUUCACUCUACACUGCAUUACUCUGCAAGGACCAUACAGGUGUGAUCCCUUCAUUUAUCAUCAUUAGUGAAAGGUUCACUGAUCUUUAAAGGUUGUUGGGCAGUGUUACUAGAUACUAGUUACUAGAUAAAAACCAAAUCUUAUAGUGCUAGGAGCAUAAAAGACAGCAAACUUUGCCAUGCCUUUUGCAAUGGAGAAAGAAGCAAGCUUCACACAUCCUGCUCUCUCCAUCUUGCAUACUUGAACAGGGCCAGCCACAAGGUCAUCCUAGAAAGAAACUACAAAGGUUGAGCCAAAAGCUAAAGGGCAGAGCAGGUGAUGAGGGCUAUUUUGUCUUCACAGCACAAAAUCAUCACAGAGGAGCACCAAAUUGUGUAAAGGUGAUCCCCAGGAAGUCUCUCAAAGGAUAAGUAGUUCCUGAACAGAGGCUCAAGAUAGUUUUGAGCACAUUGUGUGAGGAAUACUACAAGGAUAGCAGGUUCUCCAAUCUCAGUGAGGUGCUAUAAGGAUAAAAUUCACUAAUGCUGGUGAAAGAUUCUUGGAUACUGCAGGGAACAGUGCCACAGAAAUGCCUAGAAAUACUGAACUCAUAUUUGCGUGUUCUAAUUGUGCCUUUGGGUUCUCUGAAAUUGACUUGUUUUUAGUUUCACACAAAUACUUUUAAAAUUGGGAGCAGGGAGUAGUGUCUGGAAACAGCAUCCUCAAAAAAGGGCAGCACAAGGUCUGAAGACUCUUGCUUGAGAAAGAAGGGAAAGGCUGCCCGAAGACCUCAUUUUUCCCACCUGACACUCUGGCCACAGAGUAUUCUGCAGGACAUCUUGUUCUGUUCUCAGCAGACUUACUCCACUUUAGUGUUGAAAAGGCAAGAGCAAUAGCUGGAUACACUUUAGGGCAUGCUGCAGUUGCACCGGGAUUAAGGUCAGUUCUCUAAGCAGCUUUCUGUAGAGAAAAAGCCCCAUUUUUUCUAUUAAUUUCUGUAAUUUGAAUGUAAAUCUGAGAACUGGACAAAUGCAUAUUUCACCUGAGAGGUAUCUCUUGUUUUUAAUUUUGUUCAUAAUAUCUUUCAGUAUCAGAUUCAGAUUGUUUCUUUCAGGAUAAAGCUGUCUUUAUGCAAAGCAGUGUGCCUAAUAGCCAUUCUUGACUACUUAAACAAGUCAAUUUUGCAAGGACUGUACGUGUCAAGCCAGAGCACAGUUUGGGACUACAGUACAGGGAUCCUAGAUUUUAAAUGAAAUGUUACCUCAUGAAUCAUUUUCCAAAACACUUGUGGAAUUCCGGUUGAUUUCUCUCAAAGUAAAUGUUGCUUUCUGUAAUUUGUAGACACGCUAAAGCUACCGGUUGGGUAUUUUUAAUGAUCAUUUUGUUUUGCUUUAGACACAUGGGUUUUCUUUGAACUCUAAAGAAACCAAUGAAGGUUAAAACUUUGUACAUUUUUAAGUGACUGCCAACGUCUAAAGUAUAAAAGUACAUGUUGCAUUAAAAUUGAGUGCUGUUUAUGUAUUUAACAGAGACGUGUGGGUUUGCAUUGUUAAAAAGAAUUAUCUAUGCUUUCUUUGGGGAGGGGAGUCUGUGCUCCAGUAUUGUCCUACAGCUUUCAUAUUCUAAUUACUUUAAGUAAACUUCUAACAAUUUGCAUAUGAUUCAUGAUUCU